GUGUUAUCCAAACACAAUCAAACUUGAAGUCUCUGCGUCAACUUGUUUUGGUCUGUAGCACUGAGGGCCACUUACACAGACAGAGAACCAACACAAUCAUAACAACCGAAGAAGUUGCGGGAAUCGUUGCAAAUUACUUUCAUGUAUAACACUGCUUCUGCUUCAUCACCGGAACUUUAUUUAGCGGCUUAAAUGGGGUUCCCAGGUAUUGUUGUUAGCGUUUGGUCAAUUUUCAUGCAACUAUUUCUCCUAAUGCUCACUUCGUCCUCCUUAACUCUGCGAGGAGAUGAAGUGGAUAGACUGUCCUUGCUUGCCUUUAAAGCUGAAAUUGUGAGUGAUCGCAUGGACAUCCUCGCCUCAUGGAAUGAAUCCCUCCACUUUUGUGAAUGGCCUGGCAUUUCUUGCGGCCGCAGACACCAGAGAGUCACGGUGUUUGACCUCCGAUCAAGCCGACUAGAAGGUCUACUAUCUCCCAACAUUGGAAACUUGAGCUUUCUCAGGACAUUAAACCUCGAAAACAAUAGCUUCAACAGCAACAUCCCUCCAGAAAUUGGCCGUUUGUUCCGGCUGCAACAAUUACGCCUUGGUAACAAUUCCUUCAGCGGUGAUAUUCCGGUCAACAUAUCACGUUGCUCUAACCUCCGCUACCUUGACUUAGGCUAUAACCUUCUCGGUGGCAAUAUUCAUAAUGAAAUUGGCUUCCUGUCCAACCUUCAGGUACUUAAUUUACGCGGUAACAAUUUAAAUGGGGAAAUCCCACCUUCUUUGGGAAAUCUUUCUUCUCUUCAGAUGCUAUCUGUGCGACAAAAUUUUCUGCGGGGAGGUAUUCCAGAUAGCCUUGGCCAGUUGAAUAACUUAAAAUACCUUGUUUUGGGUUCCAAUAUUUUGAAUGGUACCAUCCCUCCCUCCAUGUACAACCUCUCUUCUAUUACAGUCAUCUCGGUGCUUGAAAACCUACUCCAUGGAACUCUUCCCCCUGGCUUGGGCCACACUGUAUUUCCAAACCUCCAAGCCUUUUCUUUUCAUUUCAACCGAUUCAGUGGACAAAUACCAGUUUCAAUCUCCAAUGCAUCCAACCUUGCAUUAUUUGGUAUCUCAGCCAAUAUUUUUACUGGAAGAGUGCCUAAUCUGGCAAGGAUGUCCAAUCUGUUCCGGGUGGAAAUGGAUGCUAACAAUCUUGGAAAUAAUGAGGAAGGUGACUUGGACUUCCUUUCUUCUCUGGUUAAUUGCACCAACUUAGAGCGUUUGGAUAUCAGUGGCAAUAAUUUUGGAGGAGUGCUACCUGAAUCUCUCAGCAACCUCUCAACAAAGCUCGAGGUAAUGAGAUUGGGAUGGAAUCAGAUACGCGGAAGCAUUCCUGUAGGAAUUGAAAAUCUCAUCAACUUGGGGAUACUAGGCUUUGAGGUAAACCAAUUGAGGGGCCCUAUACCAAUCUCAAUAUGUAAACUGAAUAAAAUUUUUAGUCUGUCAUUGAAUCACAAUGAGUUGUUUGGUACUAUCCCAGUUAUGCUAGGCAAUCUAACUUCGUUAGGCAUUUUACUUCUCAUGUCAAACAACUUACAAGGAAGCAUACCACUAAGUCUCGGUGAAUGCAGGAAUUUGCAAGCUUUGAAUCUUUCUCAAAAUAAUCUUAGUGGUCCCAUUCCAGAUGAAGUCAUCAGUUUAUCAUCCCUGUCACAGUUUUUGGAUCUGUCCCACAACUAUUUUACUCAUUCCAUUCCAUUUAGAGUAGGUCUUUUGUUGCAGCUUGCUUACUUGGAUCUUUCUAAUAACAGUUUAUCUGGUGAGAUUCCAAGCUCAAUAGGAAACUGCAUAAGUUUGGAAAGUUUGCAUUUGGAAAGAAAUUUUUUGCGAGGGACCAUUCCUGACGCUUGGAGUUCUUUGCGAGGAGUUGAAGACUUAGACCUUUCUCGCAACUUCUUAACUGGAAGAAUUCCAAACUAUUUAGGGAGUUUCCGCGUCUUGCGGAACUUGAACCUAUCAUUCAAUGAUUUAGAAGGUGCAGUACCGAUAGAAGGAGUUUUCCAGAAUUCAACUUCGUUUUCUAUUAUUGGAAAUAAACGGCUAUGUGGAGGUAUAUCUCAGCUAGUGUUGGCACCAUGCAUCUCCAAAAAAUCUGACGAAAAACCCAAGCAAGAAAUAUUUCCAUGGCGAAAAGUACUUAUCUCAAUUGCCUGUGGGAGUGCUAUUGGAGUUGUCUCCCUGUUGUGCUUUGUGCUUCUUUAUCCAUCAAGACAAUCAUUGCGCUGUGUACUUCUUUAUCUAUCAAGAAAAUCAAGAACGAAGACAACUUCAGGACCAUCAUGGGAGGUUUCACUCUUGAAAGUUUCAUACGGUGAUCUCCUCAAAGCGACAAAUGGGUUUUCUUCUCGGAAUUUGAUUGGUGCUGGUAGCUUCGGGUCUGUGUACAGGGGAAUUCUCAAUCAGGAAGAAAGAAUUGUUGCAGUUAAAGUGCUUAAUGUUCAAGGUUCAAGAGAAAGUUUUACAGCUGAAUGUGAAGCCUUGAAAAACAUUAAGCACCGGAAUCUUGUCAAGCUACUGACCGUGUGUUCAAGUAUCGAUUUUCAAGGAAAUGAUUUCAAAGCUUUGAUAUAUGAAUUCAUGGUGAAUGGAAAUCUUGAAGAGUGGCUGCAUUUUUCAGCUCAUAGGCUACCUGGGGCCCCCAUCGUGCAGGGCCAUUUGAAACUUGUUCAGAGGGUAAACAUUGCCAUCGACGUGGCUAAUGCUCUAAAUUAUUUGCACAACCACUCUCACGUUCCAAUAAUUCAUUGUGAUUUGAAACCCAGCAACGUUCUCUUGGAAGGCGACAUGACUGCUCGCGUUGCUGAUUUUGGUUUAGCAAGGUACCUCCCAGAUGCUUCAUGUUCACUUCCUUCGCACAGAAGCACUGCAAAUGUCAUUAACGGUUCCAUAGGCUAUAUUGCCCCCGAGUAUGGAAUGGGAAACGAGGUUUCAACAUAUGGCGAUGUGUAUAGCUACGGAAUCCUGUUGUUGGAGAUGCUUACUGGAAAGAGGCCUACAGAUGAAAUGUUCAAAGAUGGUCUGAACCUGCACAAGUUCGUUCAGAUAGCUUUGCCUGAACUUGUAGAAGAAAUAUGUGAUCCGGUGCUUCUUCAAAUAAAAGAAAGCAGCACUCGUAGUAAUGGCUCAAGCAAUAGGAAUCAGGUCCAAGAUGAUCAAAGGCAAAGAGUUAGGAAGUGCUUGGUUAUCAUGGCCAGGAUAGGAGUUGCUUGUUCUGCAGAUUUGCCGAGAGAGCGGAUGGAUAUUGGACUUGUUGUAGACGGACUAUGCCUAGCAAGGGAUUUACUAACUGGAACCUGGAUUCCUGGAAAUCAUAUGAUCACGGCCUAAGCAGCAUGCAAUCCAACUGAGUUUGUUCGAGCACUGAAUCAAGGAUUCGGGCCUAUUUCAUAAGCUUUCUAGACUCUGAGUUACCUUUGCAGAAUUGCAGACAUGAACAAUAUUGUAAGCAUCAAAUAAAAUCAGAAACAAAAAGUAACAAUUAUCAACUCAAAAUUGAACUUCUUA